AUACAAAACAAACACGAAAAUUGUUUCAAGAUUUCAAACUAGUUUUAUUUGGACCUUUUUUUUAACAAAGAAAACAUUUUGGUUGACAGUAGGAUCCUAUCGAUUUGCUAUUGGUCAGUUACAGGCGAGUCCCUUAGUGAAUAUAAUUAUCUUAGCUUGACCCGGAGUGACUAUUUUGAUCGAAGCUAGAGCAGCUUUUGUAGACAGAUGUACAUUCUUUUGUAGAUUAAGUACUAUUUUUUCUAAAAAGCUAGUAUGAUGUGUUUAUGAAGUAUUUUGUUCACCUGUGUUGAAGAAUAGCAUGCGGAUUUAAUUUCUUGUUUUUAAGGAAGAAAAACAUCAUUUGCAUUUAACAAGACGAUGCGAUAUUUUGAGAAGAUUCUUGAGGCUUUCUGUACAAAAGGUUGUAAAAAGUGUUGUGAUUGCUGUUUCCAGGAUGAUAAAAAGGAAAACAAGAUUGAGAUACGACAUUCUUUCCGUGAUUCCAUAUUGGAUUCUACCAGUAGUAACGCGGAAAGUCUGAGAAGUUUCCGUGAAAGAAACGACUCCGAAAACUCCCGAACAGAUUCCGUGUCAUCUUCGGGAACCCUUGAUUAUAAGAGAUACCACACGACGCCAAUUAUUGACAUGAAACCCAUUGAGUUUUGGACGGCGAAUAGAGAAAAUGUCCAGCCAAAGACAAAGCGACGACUACCCAGUGAAAGUGAAAUAAGCGUGGAAAAUUUCCAAAGAGAUUUGUAUGAGAUUUUACCGGAAGAAUCGCCAUGUUUGACUGACGAGCAGAAAUUGGCACAGUAUCAAUUGGGUCAAAUUCAUUUUGGACUUCAAUAUGAAGUUUCCUCGAAGACUUUAGUAGUUAAGAUUAUCGAGGCUAAAGAUUUACCGCCGCCAUAUUGUUUAGACGAGAACAAACAGGACAUGUCUCAUUCUAACCCUUACUGUAAAAUAUCGCUUCUACCUGAUCAGAAGAAUUCCCAACAGACGACAGUUCAGAGAAAAACACAAGAUCCUAUGUGGAACGAAUAUUUCUCGUUCGAAGUUUCGUAUAAAGAGGUUCAAAUGAGAACGUUAGAGAUUUUAGUAAAAGACUUUGAUAAAUAUUCGCGCCACUGUGUUAUAGGACAGAUUUAUCUCCCCCUGAAUAGUGUUAAUUUGAUUAAAGGUGGUCAUAUGUGGAAACCAUUGAUACCCGGAAGUCCGGAACGUCAGGAUCUUGGGGAAAUCUUACUCUCCCUAAAUUACCUACCCAGUGCUGGUAGACUCAAUGUUGAUAUUAUCAAAGGGAAACAACUCUUACAGUCUGAAUUAGUUGGAGGUGCAGAUCCACUUGUUAAAGUUACUUUGAUACAUUUUGAGAAACCAAUCAAAACAAAGAAGACAUCUAUAAAAAGGAACACAAUAGAUCCGGUAUUUAAUGAAUCAAUCAGUUUUAAUAUAACUCCACAACAACUUGAAAACACCAGCCUCGUCAUCAGUGUAUGGCAUCAUCCAUCAAAGAGCAAGGAUGAGUUUGUUGGUAGAAUUGUUAUCGGCAAAUAUGGCACAGGUCCGCACGAAUUCACUCAUUGGGCAAGAAUGCUCCAGGCCCAAAGGUCACCUGUGGCGCAGUGGCAUUCACUGCGCUUGCGUCAAGAGUGUGACCAAGUAUCGCCUGCGUCGAUUGCCGUCCAGUAGGAGCUGGUUAUUUCUGCAGUUAAUGGUUAUCAAAUCAUAUAAUUCCUAUCGAGAGAGAGAGAGGGGGAAGAAUUCUGCAUUCUUACGUAACUGCUGAAAAUGGCUGAGGUGGCGACUGUACUGUUCGUUCAUAUAUUGCUUUAAUAAUAUGAAAUGCAACAAUUUAUAUACAGAAGUCUUUUCAGGUACCUUAUUAAUAGAAGGAUUUAAAUAUAUGUAAAGAAACAUAUUGACGAACAAAAAUAACUCAGUUAUUUAAAUGAUAUCAUAACACUACGACAACAACAACAACAUGUAAACACAAUAUAAAGAUCUGGAAACGAAUACUAAAAGUUACGACCCUUACGAAUCUGAUAAAUUUGCUUCGAUAGGUUCGACUUUGGAUGAUUAUAUCUUUGCACUACCUACUUUAAAAAAAAAAUCAUUCGAAAAAAGUAGAGCUUUAAAUCAUAGUAGGCAAAAAUAAUUCCAAAAAAGGGAGAGAACUCUUUUGUCAUUAGAAUUUUAAUUAAGUAUUUUUAAAUAAAAAAAUACAACUCUCAUUGGACAUAAUAUAGCAAUAAUGAUAUUAUGAACCCCGAAUUUAAAAACAACAGAAGAUAGAAAGAAGGUCGCGUAGUAAAUUAAGGAAUAUAUUUCUUGUUAUUGGUUAUUGUUAUCGAGAGAAUGACAGAAGAAUGAAUGGAAGUAUGAUUGCUUUGGAAAAGAAAAACGUAUCUACCCAAAGGGUAAACUCAUUUGCAAAUAUAGAUAUAAAAUAGAUACUGAUGUAAAUAGAAAUAAUAAUUCGUGGCUUUUGUAAUAUGUCACAUAAUUAUUUUCUUAAAUGUAUAGGUUUUUCAAAAAUAAAUGUAAUUUAUAUUAUACUCCAUUAUGACGGUAUAUUAUUUAAUGUUAUUAAUUGUAUAUAUAUGUAUUAGGGCUAUUAUCUUAACAUAAGAAACACGCAAAAACAUAUUUUUCAAGGCACGUGUUUGUGGAUUUGAUAUAAUUAAAGAUGUCAGUUUUAUAUAUUAUAUAGUAUACAAUUAUAUGAUUAUUCAAGGCACUUGUUUGUGGAUUGAAUACAAUUAUACAUGUCAGUUUUAUAUAUUAUACAAAUACAUUAAUGUUUUGAUAUUAGAGAUGUUUUUGUUUGUACAUUGUGAUUAUACGGAAUAUGUUUUAAUUUGAAUGUAAAUUGAUGUAUUGAAUUCUAUGUUCAGGUGUAUUUAUAUAUUAUUGUUUGUUAUUAUGAUCUGAAUUGUUAUGUAAAUUAUAAUAAACGUUGUUAUAUUGUUAUUCAAUUAUCGUAGUUAAAAGUUGAUUUUAAUAUUACAAAUAGGGCAAACACGAUUUUAAAAUUUAAUGUGAUUCUUGCUUAUUCGAGUUAAUAUAGUUCAUAUAUUCUUUAUUGUCACUCCUGGUUCUGUUUUGUGAUAAGGAAGUUAUUUGACUAAAACGAUAGACCCAAUGUCUGUUACCACUGAACUUAUAUCAUUUUGUCAAAUAAUAUACUACAGUAAUAGAAACACUAUGGAUUUCCCAUAUUAUUUAUGACUUUAAAUAUUUUCGAAUUACAUACUUCUAAAACCAAGAAGCUUUCAUUAAAGCUUAAACCAACUAAAGUCAAAUCUAGUACACCCGUUAAUCAAUCAACUGCAUUUUUUUUUUUAUAAACAAUAUGUUAUUCAUAAAACCAAUUGAAUUGGAGAACAGGCAUGACCUAUUUAACCUCUCAUCUGCAUUAACCUGAAUAUGAACAAAAAACUGGACAGUUAUCAGGUUAGAGCGAUAAGGUCAUAUAAUUCGAACUUGUUAGUUAGGACUGUAUAAUCGAUGAUCCGGCAUAUAUAUCACGAUAACAAUCGGUCAAUAAGAACGUGCUGUGAAUUAGAAAGUUUGAAUUACUAUAUUCAUACUGAUUGAAUGCGAAUUAAUAUUAGACAUCUAGGGCAGUGUGAAACAUGUGAAUUAGACCAGUAGGUCCUUGGUUUUAGAAAAAAAUGUUAAUCUGGAAAAAUUACAUACAUAGGCCUAGGAUUAUCAAAGUUAUUCGUGUACUGACAUAUUGGGCAUUGUUACUUCAUACAAACAAUUGAAAUGGUGUGAAAUUUCAGAUUUGCACGUAGUAUUAAAGGUGUAUCUCCUGUUUCAAAAUCCUUGUAUCUAAGGGAGAUGUCGGGUAGGAUGGUCAAGUGGUCUAACGCGUGCGCUUCAGAUCACCAUGUCCUCCGAUUUCCUCCCAAUGGUAAAGGCCCAAACGUGCAAUCGAAUUAUUGAACAAAAAGUACCAAAUGACCCAGUUAGUGUUGAGUGCACGUUAAACCCCCAUCUCUUAUCUCUCUCUUGUAUCUCAAAAUAAAAUCUGUUGUAUAAUAAUUAAUAAUAAGACUUGAGUUGUUAUGAUAAAGAUAUGUAUAUAUAAUAACAUGUUGUAUAUUAUUGAACUAUUGUUUUGUAUAUAAAGAUUAUUAUGUUGUAUUAUAUAUAUCUACUGUAUAUUUAUAAGAUGAAUUAUUUUGUAAAGCUUAUCAAAUUAUUAAAUAUUUAGAUUAUUUAUUUCGCCCAUUGAUUGUCAGGUCACUUUUGGUUUCUGUCAAAUUACUUUGCCACAAUUUUCCUGUUAUGUGACUUUUUUUGCCAAAAGUAUCGGUGAUUCAUAGAUGAUAAAUAUAUUUAGAUUUAAAUAAAACAAUAAAACAUU